CGCAACACGUAUCCGGUGGGAUUCCACUCCUGAGAGAGGACAGAAGCGGCAGGAGUUGGAGCGAAGGGUGCAAGGAGAGCGAGAGGAAGAGCGAGACGAAGACGAAGAGGAAGAGGAAGAGGAGGGGGACAUUUUGGCAUUUCGCUCGUAACAGCGCGUCCAUAAUUCGCAAAGAGGAAUAAUGAGGAGCGUGUGGAUAAUUUUGACCCUGGGGCUGGCCGUCUUCCUCUCCGGAGAAAGGAUAGCAGACGCGGCCAAGACGUCCUCUCAGGCCGAUGACUUGUACCUGGACGACGUGGGCUCAGGAGGUUACUACCCCGAGGACGAUGACGACUUCAACUCGGGGUCCGGCUCAGGUGGAGCGGAGGAGGUGGUGGAUGAAAAGGUGAAUGUCAGUGUGGUUUAUAUCGAGCCCAAAGCAGCGGAGCCCACCAAGGACGCCACCAAAGAUUUCACGCCCAAGGUGGAGACGCCAACGCUCAGUGAGAGCAAGCCCAGGAAACCCGUCAGAACAGAGGCCCCGGUGCCCGUUACAGAGGAGACGCAGAGGAACCAGAUGACUAGUACGACUAGUGCCCCCGGCGCACCCCAGGACCCCAUCGAGGUCCGCACCGAGAACCUCUUCCAGAGGACGGAGGUGCUGGCAGCUGUUAUUGCAGGCGGCGUGAUCGGCUUCCUGUUUGCCAUCUUCCUCAUCCUCCUCCUGGUGUACCGCAUGAGGAAGAAGGACGAGGGCAGCUACGACCUGGGAGAGAGGAAGCCCUCCGGCGCCGCCUACCAGAAGGCCCCAACCAAGGAGUUUUAUGCAUGAAAAUGAAAAAAAAAACAUCCCGCCGUCAGAUGGAAAGAUCGCGAGUGACUGUCAAAACCUCAGUCCACGGCAACGGAGAAACAACGACAGAAUGUUCUUCAAGUUGAUUAAGGAAAGAAAAUAGCAUAAAGGAAAGCUUUUGCAUAGAGUAUUGUAAUUAUGAUCUUUUUCUUUUUCUUAAAAAAAAAAUAAGAAAAACAAUUGAAAACCAAGCAUUUCUCAUUUUAUGGCAAAUCUCAGUGUAUUUAAACAUUUUGUGUAUUAUUUGAAAAAACGCUGAAAAAAUAGAAAACCGGAUGUGUAAAGGCGAGGGAUCGGUUUCUAGUCGCUGACUACUUUUAAUUGUAGCAGUAUGUUAUUUGUAAUGAAAAAACAAGUUAAAAGUGGAAAUAAUUGAAUAUAAUUAUUCUGUAUCAAUCCUACUUUCAGUUUUUUUUGUCCUAGCAUGGCUGUUGUUGAUCUCUAAAGGUGUAUUACAUUAAUUUAUCUUAUUUCUCUGUUUUAAAAAAACAAAACAAAUUGCCUUUGUAGUUUUGAUGAAGCUCUCCUGUCUCCAUAUUAACGCUGUUAACGGUAAAUGUUAACAUUAAUGUUAAUGUUAAUGUAAAUGUUCCCCCUUCAGGUUCCAAUGUUUAUUAUUUGCUCUCGCAUCAGUUUUUUAGUGAGCGUUUCAUCAUGUCCUCUUCAUUUGUUUGUUCUCUUUUCAUUGUAGCCUUUAUUUUCUCUCUUCUUUAGACAGCAUUUCUUAUUUGCAUACCACAAACAGGUCUUUGAAUAGAUACAUUCAGCGCGUCAUGGCUCGAGGAAAAAAAAAAAAAAGAUCUUGUUUCUGCUUGACGUCCAGCCGCACCUCUUUUCUAUUUAAGCUCUUUUUUUCACAGUGCAUAUCCACUGCCACUCUAGUUCCCCCCCCUAACCUCCCUCGCUCCCACCCUUUUCCUCCCGUUGGAGCGCGUUCAGUCAGGUGGUCGCCCCUGUCCCAGAUGCUCUGGGCCCUCACAUCUGCUCACCAAAGGGCCCCCACGUGUAAAGCACACACCUUUGCAGCAAACAUCACUCGGGGAAAACAAAGAAAGAAGAAGAACUCCCACCCGGGUUGGUAAAUAAAGCUGCCGCUCCUGUUUUCUGUCCAGUGGAGCCGAGUUUAGCCGACACGAGGCCACGUAGCCACAAUAAUGAAAACACCGCUAGAAUGUUUAUAUUCUUGCGUUACGUCUACACAAACCUGCUCUGGAGGGACGUGGGAGUUUUGUCCAGCAGGUUUGUGAAGUUGCCUUUUAAAUAUUUUUUUUAAGCUGUACAGUAGACUGCGUAGAUGGUGUCACAUGGUCCGAACUCCUAACACCAUCCACCUGAAGUUGUGCGUCUCCUUCCUUGGAUGGACCUGUGAUGUAGACUCAUCCUCAGUCUCUUCAUCCCUGUUGUCCACUACUCACCUCAUAUAGAAUCAACGGUACUGAACUAUACUGAAAAACCCAAAGACUCACAGUAUUCCUACUCUCAGACCCCCCCCCCCGGCCCCACACACACACCACAUGGCCACAUCAUGUUUUUACCUCCUUCUCUUGUUCUUCACGCUUUUAGUUUCUUUUCUCUUUUUUUCUUCUUCUCUCUAUUAGAGACCUGACCUUUGAGUCCAAUUGCUUAUUAGUACAUGAAAAGAUAUAUAAAUAUAUAUAAAUGUAUAUUCACAAAUGUUUUAAACCUUCAAAGUGCCUACCAUUUGGAAAUGUACUUGCUCAAGGUGAGCACGAGGCGGGUGUGCACACGGCGGAGGGGUGUAACCGACUUGACUGGCAUUCUGUGAGCAUAGGUGACUGUAAUGGUAACUUUUUUUUAGUCUUACAAAAGCUGACAGUAUUGUACCUAUAAGUUGAAACAACACUACUGAAUAAACAUUGUGGCCUAAUAUCCAA